CUACUUCACAGGCCUAUAAAACAGUUAAUGGUGACACUGAACGUUACGAGGACAGACUGGCCAACAUGAGCUCCAAGGAGAAAGCUGAAGUUACAUCAGAAACUGCAUCUUCUGCAGUUGACCCCAGCACAGCAAAGGAGGAACCUGCUUCAGGAGCAGAGAUUACAGCCCAAUCUGUCGCCACUUCCCCAGAACCAGAGGCUGAACCGACAGCUGAGGCCAUCUCAGAAGAUCCAGUAGCUGCAGAGACCUCUGAGGUAGCUGUAACUGAUGCUGAACUGACAGCUGAGGCCGCCUCAGAAGAACCAGCAGCGGCAGAGAUGUCUGAAGUAGCUGUUACAGAGGCUGAGCCGGCAGAUGCAGAAGAAGCUGAUCCAGCUGCAGAGGAAGAGACAGCUCCUGAAGCUGCCCCUGAAGUUGCAGCCGUGCCACCUGCUGAGGAUGCAGAAGCAGAGAGCGCCGCUGUGAAGGCGUUGGCUACCUCCACCCUGGAGAUCAUUAACGCCUUUGUGGGUGACGACAGCUUGAUGAACGCCCUGCACCAAAUGGAAACUGAUGGAAAUCAGCCAAACUCCUUCAUGGAGGUUCUUGAACCAGAAGCUCUGGAGGCAAUCUCAGAAGUGGCCACGACGGAAACAUCUGGAGAGGCAGCUGUUGUUCGUGAGGAAGAGAAGUGGGCUGAUGUUGAAGAGGUGACACAUGGUCUAACCAUUGAAGAAUUAUCUGCAGAGGAAGAGGAAGAAAGAGAAUCUUCACUUCCUGAGGAAAUCCCUGAGGCUGAAGGCAUCUUUAUGAUGCCUGAUUCUUCUCCUAAUGAAACACUUUCCCCAUCAGAGGAAGAUCUUUCCUCUUGUGAUGAAUCUUCACAUAUUGAGGAGGUUAUUAUCAAUGCAGGAGCAACACCAGAGGAGGAGGAGACACAGUCUGAGCAGAUCACACCUGGGACAGUCGGUGAGACGACUCAGCUGGCUGCAGCCUCCACUGAAGCAAACCUAGAGGCUCUCUCAGCUACAGAACAACAAGCUUCAUUACCUGCAGUUCUAAAGGCUGAAAAAGAACCUUGCCACAACUGCCACACUUCAUCAUCAAGCAACGAGGCGGCGCCACCUGCUGCUCUGGGAGAGGAUGUGCCUGAUACAGACAUCCCUCUGGAAGAUAGGAGCCCUCGCCACUGA